ACCUCUAUGAAUCCCUGUCGUACAUGUCUUCAUCCCAGACGAAAUAAUAUAGCGAUAGUGUCAAUUUGGUCGUAUAGAGGAUUCAAUCAAAAAAGAAUAGCUGUUAGUAGUGAUCACUCAUAGCUUGAAGUAUGGUAAUGUUAACAUUAGAUUGGGUUCUUUAUUAAGGCUACAUUGUCCGUUGAGGGGGUUAGGCUACAUCGUGGAGUUAAAAGGCGUACCAGUUGUGUCUGUCCUGGUUCUGUCAGAUGAACAAAUCGUAAGAAGUCGACACCACUCACGCAUUUUUCCAGCUGACAACAUAGUAUUAGUGAAGCCCCCCCGUCAUGGCAUCGCCAUAUUUUCUCCUCCUCUUCCCCUCCCUGGGUUGGCUGUCUGCUGUGACAUCAUCAGAUCCCUUUGUCCAUGCUCCUCAUUUCACUGGGUGUAAAUCCAGGGAGCUUGUGACGUUUAGCUGUUGGUGGAGCGCCGGAAGCUUCCAGAAUCUCACGGAACCCGGAGCUCUGCAAAUGUUCUACUGGAAGAAAACUGAUUUGACGAAAGAAUGGAGGGAGUGCCCUGACUACUCCUCCUCUGUGAAGAAUGAAUGUUUCUUCAAUAAGAACAACACAGUUAUCUGGACGACCUACUGUGUGCGGCUCAGCUCCAAAAGCCAGAACAUCACCUACGAUGAAUUGUGUUUCGAAUUGCAGGACAUCGUGCACCCUGAUCCCCCGGUGGCCCUGAACUGGACGCUGUUGAACGUCAGCCGGUCGGGCCUGAACUAUGACAUCAUGGCGAGCUGGGAACCCCCGCCCUCGGCUGACGUAUCCGUUGGAUGGUUGACACUGGUGUACGAACUCCAGUUCAGGAGGAGGAACAGCUCACACUGGAAAGUGUUGGAGCAUGAGUUUGGCACUCAGAAGUCAAUCUACGGCCUUAGUACUGGAGAGGAGUAUGAGGUGCGCGUGCACUGCUCAAUGAGGGCCUUCAAUAACUUUGGGGAGUUCAGUGAUGCCAUCUUUGUCCAUGUGUCAGAGAUUCCCAGUAAAGAGUCCACGUUCACUGUGACUCUGGUCCUGAUCUUCGGGGCUGUGGGAGUGGCCAUUUUCCUCAUGCUCAUCAUCUUCUCUCAGCAGCAGAGACUUAUGGUGAUUCUUCUGCCUCCUGUUCCUGCACCCAAAAUCAAAGGGAUUGACACAGAACUGCUUAAGAAGCGAAAGCUGAAUGAGCUGAACUUCCUCCUGAGUGUUGGUGGCAUGGGGGGUCUCCACCCCUACCCCCCUGACCUGUACCAGGACGAGCCCUGGAUGGAGUUCACCGAGCUGGACGCAGAUGAGCCUGAGCCUGGGGAGAAGGAGGACAACCAGAGACUGCUGAGCCUGGGUCACAACAACCACUGCACAAACCAUGGCUGCUCUCACACCCUCAGCAUCCCUGAUAAUGACUAUGAUCCAGAGCUGCCUGACCAGAAGACCCUAAUGUUGAUGGCUGCCCUCCUGUCCAGCCAACCUGAAAAAGUUGAACCCUGCCUGGGGAACCAGCAGAGCCACUCCAACACCCCGGCUCUAGAGGUGCUGGAUGUCCCAUGCCCAAGGCUCCAAGCUCCAGAGGGAGGGGAGAGGCCCCUGGUCCAGACCCAGCUGGGAGGCCCUCAUAGCUGGGUCAACAUAAACUUCUAUGCCCAGGUCAGCGAUGUAAUGCCCGCUGGAGGGGUGGUGCUCUCACCAGGCCAGCAGGUCAGGGCCCCGGAGAAUGCUAUAACAACAGAGGAGGAUAAGAAUAAGAUUGGGAAGAUGGAAGGAGGAGAGGAGGAGAGUGAAGGGGAGGAGGAGGAGGAGGAGGAGAGAAUAAAUAAGAAAUUGCCAUCUCAGCUGCUGGUGGUGGAUCCUGAGGCUGGGGGCUACACGACAGAGAGUAGUGGCCGGCAAAUCAGUACCCCUGACCCCUCCUCACCUGGGGAGGUUUACCACGCCUUCCCCCCACCUCCCCCCUAUCUCCUGCAUACCACCCCCCUAGGGGACUACCAGUCCCUGUACAUCCUUCCCAACUCCCCUGCUCAGUUCCUGCCCCCUGUUUUGGACUACACUGUGGUUCAAGAUGUUGACUCCCAGCAUAGCCUUCUCCUCAACCCUCCUUCCCCCCAGGGGUCCCCCUCCUGCCCCCUACAACCACCCUCCAAGCCCCUGCCCACAAUGCCUAUAGGGUACCUCACCCCGGACCUGUUAGGCAACCUCUUGCCUUAAAGAAAAAAAACACCACCCAGGAGGCCUUGGGGCAUAGAGGUCAGAGUUCACAGGCCAGGAAGUCAGUAAUCAUCCCAGAAAGACAGUCUUGUUCUACCUGAAACCAAUUAUGUUACGGGACAGACAGGCACGAUGUUUGUUUGAGAGGGUGAUGGAAGGGAAGCUGGGAAAGAGAAACGUUUCGAUGUUGUGUUUGGGGUUUAUAUAAGUGAUACUGGAACUUGAGGAAAGAGUAAAUUGGCCUUUCUGGUUUGACAGAGCUUAAAGGAAGACUUGUGUUGACUAAGACCGAGACACCCAAAAACCCACAGUCUGAAACCUUUAAAUGUCUGAAACCUUUAAAUGCACAGAUUUCUAAUAUAAUGUUACACACAGAUAAUCGUAUGCACCACAAAUACGCAGACAGACAAGCUCAGACAUGAUCCACCUUAAUGUUUCCUACUAUGAUCUAUUAUAGAAAUGUCAGAGAAGUGAGUAAAGAAACAAGCUCACAUAUGUCAUAUAACAUAUAGAUAUUUAAUACUGUAGCAUAUUCUUAACUAUACUGUAGAUGGAUCAAGUAACAGAAUGUAAUGGAGAAUAACAAGCACAUUUAUAGAAUCACACACACGCGCAUACAUUUACAUCAUCGUUAUCGCCUCAUUAAUUGACAGAACACUUAAGUGUGCUGUUUUGUCAAACUUACCGCUACAAUGAGCGCAAAGUGACUAUUGUCGUUCAUUUAGCACUCGUUAUUUUGCUUAGUAGCACAUUUUCAUGCUUAUAUUUAGCUUUGAAUUCUUGCAGCAGAAUCAUCGAAUCGUUACCAGACUGAGGUCACAGUAUUGAACACAGCCAUUAGACAACCGGUCUGUACUCAAUGUGAAAACUCACUCUGAUUACCAUAAUAAAUAGAGAACAAGGCAGCUCAUAACAGCGAACAUGUUUCACUUGUGUAAUGAGACAUUAACAAGCACAGACUGGAGUCUCACAAUACAGGAAAGACUGCUUUUGUAUGUUCUACUUACUUUGCCUUCAUUUUAAUUGCAGGGACAAUAACUGAAAAUGUGUAAAGAGGUACUUAGGAUAUGUCUUUCUCUCUGCGUUUCUGCUGCUCUCAAUGCAGUUGCAAUGCCAAUGUUAAUGUGCUGUCGCUUGAGCUUUAUGAUAGUGGAAUGAGCCUCUUUUGAUGUAGUGAAACGUACUUAGACACUCAGGGUUUUCUAUAUGCACCCAACUUUGCAAACAUGCCCAAGCAAGCACACACACACACACACACACGCACACACACACACACACACACACACACACACACACACACACACACACACACACACACACACACACACACACACACACACACACACACACACACACACACACACACACACACACACACACACACACACACACACACACACACACACACACACACACACACACACAAGCACAAGCACAAACAUACACACCAUUUCAAAACGUGGAAAAGACCGUAUCCACUUCUCUUUUGAGCUGACAUAUACACACGCACACACAUUGUUGUAAAAAAAAAAGAAACUGGUGGUGAAUUGGAAAUGUACUAGUUUGUGUAUCUGAUCUGCAUUAGUCAUUGACAAGACGCUCCGUAGACACAGCAGAUUAUACAUGUAUCAUCAGAAGAAAGAUCAUCUUCAUCCCGAAGAGAAACCAUCAGAUCCAGUGGUUGGGUGAGCAGCUGGAGUAUGUGUUUGGGGUUGGACAUUGUACAGUGUAGUCAUACUUGUUCAUAGGCAAUGGAGCGCUUUAAAGGUGGAUGUGAACCUUUCAGGGCCAUCAUUAUUGGAGAGUCUUGUCUCUGUGUAUGACUGUGGCAUUCUGUCAGAUCCAGUCAGCAUAUACACUCUUAGGGGGGAAAAAGGGUUCUUCGGCUGUCCCCAUAGGAAAACACUUUGGUUCCAGCUAGAACCCUUUUGGGUUCAAUGUAGAACCCUCUGUGGAAAGGGUUCUACUUGUUUAAAAAAAAAAGUUUUAUUUAA